AUGUACCUGCGCGCAGUCCAUGCAGAGUCUUCCAUUCAGGCUCUCUUCGAAUUCAUCAAGGCGAAUCCCCUGGGUGUCCUCACAACGGCCAUCUCAUCACCAUCUCAUCCAUUCAUUCAAUCCAGCCAUAUCCCAUGGUUACUAGAUGAGAUCAGCGAUAAUCCAGAGGCACCCGUGAAAGGUCGGUUACGAGGCCACAUGGCCCGCGCGAACCCUCAAAGCAAAGCCAUGAUCGAGUCUGCGUCCGCGUCCAACACCACAAAGCUAGUACAGGACGUGAUGAUCCUAUUCACAAACCAAUACCAUCACUACGUCACGCCUAAGUUCUACACUGAGACUAAGCCGGCGACUGCCAAGGUCGUCCCGACAUGGAAUUACGCUGCGGCCCAAGUCUACGGCAAAGCUACAAUCUACUACGACUCAGCUGCAGAGGAGACUUCUCAAUACCUAUCGAGACAGAUUGAUGAUCUUUCCAAGAUGUGCGAGACCUCAAUCAUGGGCUAUACUGGUCAGGACGGGCAACCUGGUCCUUGGAGUGUCUCGGAUGCCCCUGAGCGGUAUAUCGAUAUCAUGAAGAAGGCUAUCAUUGGCAUUGAAGUGACGAUUGAGAGUAUAGGGGGUAAAGCCAAGAUGAGUCAAGAGAUGGGACAGGGUGAUCGUCAGGGCGUGAUUGACGGGUUCAAUGGCUUGGGUUCGGAUAUUGGAGCACAUAUCGCGCAGCAAGUCAAGGAGCGUGGGGAGAUGAAAGAUAGGAACUCUCAAUCUUGA